CAGAGGAGCAAAAACAAGCAGAAGAUAGAUGUAAUUUAUUUAUCUGACGUUACAAUGUCAUACAAUGAAAACUCCAAAUAAGGGCUGCUCUUACAAUUUUAUCGACAAAUUUACACUUUUUAUUCUUUUACCUUGAUAAGGGUGGACAGAAAUCCCUCAUUACAAGAACAAUCUAAUAGAGGAGCAAAGAUGGCCUCUCUGAUGUGGAUGUUUUUCACAGUCUCAGAGGAUAACAUGAAUACAAAGCAUGAGUUUCACAAGAAUCUUUAAGUCACCUGAGAAGUUGUCCAUAGUAUAUACAGUCUAUGGUUCUACUACCUGAUACUGCCCCCCAUGGUUAUUGGUGGUACUGCAGCAUUUGGUCUCAGUAUAUCAACUCUCAGAAACCCUGCAGAUGGAUAGACGAGGAGGUACAGAAUGAACAACAUCAGCGACUGAAGUUUGACCACAGAUGGACUGACGGACUCCCGACUUUGUCUCUGACGAUCUCUCCCUCUUUCUGCUUCUGUGUUGGUAUCAGGCUAUUAUCAGUAAUCUGUCCACAAGCACAAAAACUCUGAGCUCUGAUAAAGAGUGAAAAUGAAACAAGGAAUAAAAAAAGGGAGAGUGCAAGAAACGAAAGAAAAUUUAAAAAAAGGACAGAUGAAGAGCAGAAACAGCUCAGCUGACUUACCUGACUGGUUCACAUAGCUCACAUUCCUGCUCAUACACACACACACACACACACACAGUCAGAGGAAUGAGAGAGUCAGGUUUAUUUCAUCAUCUCUGAGUUAGUUAGCUGGUUUCCUGCAGGUUGGAGGCAGAACCCCCCCAUGGCAGAUAGUCUGACUCAUCAGUGAGGAAGUCUCUGAAGAUCUUCAUGAGCUCAUUUUUGUUUUACUUCUUCAUCUUACAUGUACCUGCAGCUGCCAAAACAAUCCAUAUUGAGAUUUUACAACAUUUCAGCUAAGCUCCUUGGUCCCACUCUUCUGCUGUCUGCAUGUCAGAGCUCGCAGAUACACACUAUUGCGUACGUAAACACACACAACAGUACACAAUGGGCCAAGCAUGCUGUGGGCUGUCUCCCCUCUUCCAGCCAUUUUGGGAACUUGGGAUUUGAAGUUUAGUCCAGCAAGCGUUUUGCUUAGUGCACAUCUGUUCUGUUCUGUUCUGAAACCGUUCAGUUUCAGUGUGUGUAUUUGUGUGUGCAUCAAAGUUUGGUCUGGCAGCAUGAGAUCACUGUCAAUCCAAAUCCUCCAGCUCUCCUCAAAUUCCUUCAUUCCUGCAUCACUAGGCGAGGGGGGCAGCAGCAUCAGAGGGGAGGUUGAGGAGGACAAAAACAAGAGGAGGAGGAGGAAAGCAAAGUUUGUGAUGAAAAUAUAAAUCAUUUCUGGUGUUUUUCACCAGCUUAUCUGGAGGAGGGCCUACGUGUUGUUGGUGAUUACAGCCUGUAAUGUAAGAAUGCAGAGGUCCUGCCAUGGUACAUACACACACGCAUACACACACACACACUCACACCGUGGGCCCAGUACAGGCUGGUACUGAAGUGAUUAGGAGGGUUAGAGUGGGUUUAAAUCUGGAGGAGGAGAAGUGAGCCAGAGGAAGAAAACUCAACAGAAACUCAGAGAGCAAUCUGAACCAUGUAGAAGUGACUGUAGAAUAGUCAGUGAUAAAGGUUUUAAUAACAGCCUGGUGUAUUUGAUAUUGAAUGAGUUUUAUGCUUCAGGUUGAAACAUUAUCAACUAUUCAGAUCCUAAUGAAGGAUUUGAUUUGGUGUUUAUACCAUGAACACAGACAACAAUGAAUUACCCGUACAAGUGUAUUUAUUGAACAGGGAAACAUCUCUUGAGAAAUGUUUACUGACCAAAAAUAAAAGGAUAAACUUUUCAACAAAGACGACAGAUCAUUUAAAAACAUGUGAGCAGAAUUCAUCAUCCAUCAGAGUAUCUACAGCCUGAAUCACCGUCCUCCAAACUUUCAGUCUGCUCUGAACCAAACAUUCAGAGAGACCAGCUCCCCAGAACCAAAUCUUCCUGCAGGAGCAGAAGAUCUAAACCUGUUUUGUGGUGUGGGGUGUGUUUGUAGGUAUGUAUUUCUUCAGCUGCUGUAGGAGGUACAUCCUCUAUGUCCUUUUCUGAGAGUGCUAAAAUUUAGUUCACACUCGGGAGUCCGGCAUGGCUGUGUUUCAGGAUGUUUGAUAUUGAUAUUUGAUGUUUUUCAUUAUCAAUAUCGUGUUUUUAUAUUCACUAUCCAGUUUCCUGCUUUCUACCUAAAGUAUUUGGCUUCUUUAGACACUUAGCUGUCUAGAUGAUAAAUAAAAACAUGUUACUGAAAUAAAAGAUGUUCAAACAGACGGUGGCCGAGAACCGCCACUGCUGCAAAUAAAAAAGAAAGCAAAAAAGAAGCCACAACGUUAUUACUGAUGAAAAAAAAAAAAAAAGAAGAAACCGAAGCCCACUGUAAAUAAAAAAAAAAGACAGUGAAGAUUAAAAGCCACAACAAGUUAAAGAAGCAAAAAAAAAAGUGGUGGUGCAAAAAAAAAAAAAAAAAAUUUGCAAAAAUAAUAAUUUAAAAAAAGCCAUGAUGAAAGUAAGCUGCUGGGGACCAAUUAUGAUGAUGCACCGGUGUUUUACGAUCUAGGCGUAGAAAACCAUCUAGGCGUAGAAAACGAUGGUGAGAAGACGAGCAAAGAAGUGGAAAGGUCAUUGUUUGAUUUCGCUUCGUAAACUUUUUAAUGUGUCAUUUGGUUGGGCCAUGUAGCGCCUGAGUCCAUAUGAAGUUGAACCGGGUGGAUGCUAUUGCAGUGUUAGCUUCAGUUCCAUUGUAGCUUUUUUUUCUCUGCAGCGGGCUUCAGUUUCUUUUCUUUUUUUUGGCAUCGGUAACUUUAGUUGUGACUUUCUUUUUUUUUUUUAUUUGCAGCAGGCUUCGGUUUCUUUUUCUUUUCUUUUUUUUUGCAUCAGUAACUUUCGUUGUGACUUUUUUUUUUUUUUUUGCUUUUUUUUUUUUAUUUGUAGCAGUGGCUGUUCACGGCCACCGUACAAACAGGCUGUUUAUUGGCUAAUUAGAUUAAUUCAUUUGCGGUCUGUGACACCUCUCCUCUCAGUGUGUGUAAUUGCGUUGAUGUGUGUACAGUAAUGUGUAGUGUGUAGUAUCAUUAUCCUUUGGUGAGGCCCCGCCCCCUCUGUGUGUGUCCUCUGUCGUGUCGGAGGGGGAGGAGGAGAAGGAGGAGGAGGAGGAGGAGGACGGGUUUCACCGGCACCUCUCAUCUCACACCGGAUUUACCGGACUCCACCUGUCGCGAGCGCUGCGGGCUGUUUUUCAGUCCGUGUCGUUAGAGCGCGCGCAUUGACGCAGGACUGCACGAGACACGAAACAAGAACGGCGCGAGCGGAGCCUAAAAACCGAGCAUGAUCUAAGGACAAACGGACAGGUGAACCGACAGGUGGACGGACGGACGGACGGAGGCAGCUGUAUGUUUGUGAGUGUUUCUGCCGGUACCGGAGGACGGAGGAGGAGGCGCCGAGCGUAGAUCCGGUGGAUGGUUUUAUCCGCAGUGCUCGCACAGACACACCGAGCACCGGGGAGCAGGAUGUCGAGGCAGCAGCAGCACAGGACACCGUUAAAACUCAACGACAGCGUUGUGGAGGUCAAGAGCAAAGUGAGUGGGGGUGAAGGGGGGGUGAUAGUCCGCUAGCGGAGCCAACAAAAAAGGAGACACGGUCCGGUCGAUGCUGCCGCUCCGCCGCGCUGCUCCGGGGCUGACAGCAGCGACACGAACCGCUGCGGUCAGAGCCGUGAUGGGUCUGUAUCCGUCCAUCUGAAACACGCAGACAUCGGGCACCUUGGGGCUGUGACACCGGGCUUACAGAGGCUGUAACGCCUGACUUUCAGCAGGGAUACCCGGUCUGUGUGGAACGGUCUGUACCGGGGCUGUCAGGCGGCCUGUGUCCGUCUGCAGGCAGCCUCGGAGCCGGCUCUGUGCUCCGGUUCAUUCCGCGUUUGUUCCGGUGUUUGGCCCUCAGAGUCAGACAGCAGCCUCCUCUUCCUCAUUUCACUGCUUCAGUCUGCUACGGUGGCAGUGUUGUUGUUGUUGUUGUGUUGCUGUUGUUGUGUUGUUAUCGUAUCAGCAGCCUAUGUGUGUGCGUGUGUGUGUGUGUUACCAUCUUAGCACGCUGGGUGUUUAUGUUUGCUCAGAGUCAGUCAGAGCACAGUGUGUCUCUGUGAUUUGUUUGAGUGCAGCUCAUUUGUACCUGACAGGUGAGACUUGGUGAGGGAAUUAAAAGCAGAGUUAUCAGAGUGUGAGAAACCCCCAGGCUUCAAAUUUCCUGAAAACUGUCUGAAACCUCCUAAAAUCUCUGCAGCGGUCUGGUUUGGCUUGCUCAGAGUCUCAGCGUGAUACAGAUGAACCUCUCUACCUUUACAUUACUCAACUGUAAAGACUGUUUUGAGAGCGACCAUGGCACUAAAAUUAGGGAAGGAUGGGAUAACUGUAAUGUUCACAUUUUCCUUCAUAACUCAAAAGAUCACCUGAAGUACACCUGCCAUCCUUAUAUAUACGAGACCUGUAUUAAUUAUCAAAGCUAAAGCUGUGUGUAAACUUAAUCAGAAUCAGGAUGCCCUUUAUUGUCAUUAUACUGAAGAACAAUGAGAUUGGAGAGCUUCUCCUUUUCUAGUGCAAUAGAUGAGUAAAAAAAGAGAAAAACAGAAACUGAAGAGGUAGAAAAAAAUAGCUACAUUAUUCACACAAGAUUAAAUUCUUUAGUGUAGUGCAAACAGUGCAAUGAAAACUAUGUACAAGAAUAAGGAAGAUAAAUAUUAAGAAUAAGUACAUAUUUAUGUUUAUAUAUAUCGAUUAUAUGUAUAUGGACAUGUAUUGUAUUGAAGAGACAAAUAGUUUUAUUUCAUAUAAUGAUGAACGUCACAGUGUUAAAAUUAUGUGUUUGGGGCAAUUUUAUUAUUGAAGAAAUAUGACGAAAAAAUCCACUGUAUCCUCAAAACAAACUCAUUUUGAAGUGAAUGCAUGUCGUAUCUACUGUCUAAUGAAGCCACAUCAGUUUACUUUUGCACAAACUUAAAAUUCAUUUACAAUUUCAAUUUUUGUAUAAAGUCAAGCAAAGUGCAUCAUUUUUUUUUUUUUGCAUGAAACUAGGUUACUAUUCCAGUGGUAACUAGAAUUAAAUGAAUUGAAUUCAUUCAAAAUUGUAUUUCAUCAAAUAAAAUGGUCAGCCAAGUAAACUCUAACCAUAAAAGAUUAUAAUAUAACAGUGAGAUUUUAUUAAGGUAAUAUUUAAUAAAUCUGUCAAAGGUUUCUAACCAGCACAUUCUGUUUUCAAAGUGUGGGAUAAAUCGACUGUAACCUUCUCAAGAAUUAAAUACAACAUGUAUCACCAAAGACAUAGUUAUUGGAGUUUUAACAAGCAGAAAAUGAACCCAACUGAGCAUGUGCAGAGUCAAAACUACAACCUUAAUAGUUCAGUGGCUGCUUACAGCUGCUGUGUGUGUUUAUUAUAAACAGUAAAGGUCAAAGUGGAUGACUUGAUUCCUUCAUCAUAUAACUGAUAUCGAAAGAAAUUGUAGCUUUUCUGGCAAAAUAAUAUGAAUUUUUCUCUUUAUGUUCAAACCACGGUACGAACACUGGCUGACAGGGGUGUGGUGGGUCAUGAGGUUUGUGAUAUUCCUAAAUUUGUUUCUGUUGCUGUAAACAAAGUCGUUUUUUUUAAUAUAAAAAUGUGAAACUUGAGCUAAAAAAUUCAGCGAGUGAGUCAGAAAGGGUUUUAACCAUCCCCGGUCUCCCCUAUAGUGAUGUCCCAUAAUCAUGUUGUUUUCUGCUGUUCUGCUGUUGAGGACGUGAAUUAGAAAGAGUGGUGUCAUGAUAGUGCAGCUGCUACUACAAUGUGCCUCUGCUUUAUUCAGGAUAUGCUGAUUAACGUUUAAACACCUUAACCAAAACAUGGACCUGAACAAGCAGAGAGCAUGCAUGUAAACAAAGUGAAAAAGGGAUUUAUAGACAGAGACAGACAAAGUGGAUUAACCUGGAGGAUACAAUAUUUUAGGACUUUUACAUCUUGAUUCAGACAGGACAGGACAGGACAGUGUGGCCUCUUACAUGGUGUGUGUGUCACGUAACCAUCAGGCUGAUCCUGCAUAUGCUUGAAGGAAAAAAGUCCAGUUUUAUGAAAGUGACCUUUAAGCAGAUUUAUUGAGUGGGUUUUUUACGCAGUGGAGACUUUAAAGUCACUCUGAAGAUGCCUACUGAUACAAAGACUUUACCAUCAUCUUGUGUUUGACAUUCAAAGCUCUCGGAAUGAUCUGUAUAGGACAGGAUAGAAGUGAUUUUAAACUUUGAACAACCUUAAGUGUUCAGAUAAAACCUAAGGUGUUACAAUGUGUGCAUUUGGUGACAUUUAUUAGAGUGAUAACACAAGAACGACAUGUGUGAUGACAAACAUGUAUGUGCAGAUGAGUCACAGCUGCAGAUCUUCAGGCUCUCUGUCAUUUUUAUCUGCAUGUAAACUGCAUGUCAGAGAAACAGGAGGGUUACUUUAGAUACACAACCUGCUGAACUCCUUCGGGAGGUCUUUGAUCCUGUCCUGACUCAUGUGUAAAUCAUGGUGAGGAUGGAUAUUAACAGAGUGAGUACCUGAGAGUGAAAUGUGGAGUAUUUCUCAUUGAGGAUGUUUCAGAGCUAAUCCAGAUGCAGAGCUGAUGUGUCACUGACACACACUCACUGUGGAGUUAUGACAGCGAUGUGUCAUGUUGGAGCUGUCACACACAUACUGAAACCUUACUUCAGUGGACUUUUACUCUGUCACUUCUCUGUUGGAUGCUAUAAAAUACCUGACUGCUUUUAUAAAGGCUCCUCCAGGAUUAAUGGAACAUCUACAAACGAGAGUUUCUAUCACUGAUUAUAAAAUCUGAGGAAUUCAAAAUACUGGAGUUUUAAUGGAAAAACAAAUUUGAACUCAGACUUUAAUCUUAAACCUUAAAAAAGGCAGAUUUUUUUUUGUUCUGUGGCCUUGAACCUCUUUUGUAUAAACAAAAGUGAAAAACACUGAGUGCGAACACAUUCCUGUUGAAACUAAAACCCUAAGACUUUUCUAAAGGGGUCAGGGUAACAUUUUUCUCUGCAACUAUUUUGAAAACUAUUUUGGAUCUGUGAAAUAAUCUUAUAGCCUUGAGUAAGAUUAAAAUUCCCCCAUAAGAAAUGUGCCGAGUUAAGAUGCUAAUAAAGACUCUUGUGGUCCUGUUUCUGAGAGGGCAAGUAGCCAAUCAGACUCAUGAUCACUCCAGAACCUGCCCCAACUAACUCACUGCUAAUCAACAUGCAGGUAAAGAGGCGGAGCUGGAGUCAUAGCUAUACCACCUGUCACUCAAAGAGGCCACGCCCCCUACUAUGCCUAACUGUAAGCCUUAAUAUAACCCAGAAACCUUUCAGAUGUCAUGAACACAGAGGUGAUCUACAGAGACGCCGAAUGCUGUUAAGUUUGAACAUGGGGCUCUAUGGGGAAUGAGUCAAUGCAGGAUACAGCCUCUAGUGGACAGGAGUGGAACUGCAGGUUUCACAUCAAUUCCUUUCAUCACCUGAGAUUUAAAGCAUUCACCACAUAGACUGUAUAUAAAAUGGACAUCAUCUGCCUCCUCCCUGGGUGAAGCCACCCCGAGAACAGCACACUCUGUUGACGGGUUGCAGUAUAGGUCAUAAGUCUCGCCUCCUCUAGCAAUCCCUAUGGAGUUGUGGACAAACUUAAGAAAUUAAUAUAAAGAAUAUAAAUUUUUCUCCCCCCUGCUUAGGAUAUUGACAUGUUGUUAUUGUAAGACUGGUUUGUGCUCAAGUCCUCUUUUUUCUGUACAGCUCCAUUUUUAAAAGUUAUUAGACGGUUCAAGUUUUCUAUGAUUGACACUUGAUACAGCCUAUGGGCGUAUGAAGAUUGCUUAGCUCAGCCGGGGGAUACGCUGUUUGAGCUGAGCGUCAUCACAGCGACUCUCCGGCCGAAUGCGUACAAUGCUACUGUGCAAUGUUGGUUUCAGGAAAUGGAGAAAAAGCGCAGCAUUACCAAGAACUUUUCAGCUUCAAAUCCGUAUACUGGCGGAAGGCGGAACCAAGUUUUCCAUAGUAUACGAUCUACGGUUCACCGUCAUCAAAACUUUAAAAACAGCAUAAGACGGCCAGUGAGUCCUUCCUUCUUUGACAUAUGACUGAGUACAUGUUUAAACUCUAACCACAGACAGGCCGCUGACCCCUGACCUUAAACAGUCUAACUAACUGUCUGAGAAAACGCCAACAUGUCAGUCCUGUGAGGGUGGAGAUGUGACCUAAAGCCCCUGAUGACAGGAUGGUUCCUGGUUUUACAGAGUGUUGGGGCUGUUGAACUAGUUUUCCUGGAAGAGUCAGUUUUUGGCUCUUAAACAUGAAGAGGGACCACAGAAGAGGCUGCAUGUAGACCUGCUGUUUCUGUGGACUCAAACACUGAUGCUUGAUUCAGUCAUGGUUGUUGGAUUUAUUUUUUUUUUCAGGACCGUUUCUAGGUGCAUCAUGUCCUGCAGCCUGUGUCUGAACUUUCACACUUAAUCUGAGUUUUUGUGCAAUUAUGUGACUGCUGAGCUUCUCCUGCAUCUCCAGUAUUUCAAACUACAUUAAUAUUGUGAUGAGUAAAAACACGGCAGCUCUUGAACAUAUGACUCUAGUCCUCUCUGUGCUUUUGAGCUUGCUAUUUGUGAGCAUCACUUUUUCAGCAGCAGAGAUUCCUGUUGAGAGCACGUCUGAUUGUUGGCCUCCUAAUGAGUUUUGCUGUCAGGUUACGUAAUCUGAAUUAAACAGGUUUCUGCUGCUCUAUUGUGGCGGUAAUAAUGGCUUCAUUUGUUCCUGCUCAGUGGAGAAAUCUGUGUAUUAAUCCAUUUACAUAAUUACUCAAACCUGCUUUUCCCACACGAAUCUGCUCAGCUAUGUUCAGAGUUUAAUUACCUGUAUUUAUCUCCACACCCACGCUGACGCAUUUCCUGUUUCAGUCACACCUGAGACAAACAUUAUCAGCAUGCAUCUGCUCACAUAGCUCAGUGUGUCCGUGUGAAACCACAAAGGCAUGUUUGCAUGGAGGUUAGGAGCAUGUAGCCUUUGUACCUGUGCAGCUGAUGUCUCAGAGAUCAGGCAUGUGAAAUGGUGAAGUGUGUUGGUUGAAGUCUGCAGCUGGAGCUCACCAGACUUACCUGUCCUGCUGCUGCACAGAACAAUACAGAUGUUAUCAUGUAAAGGACAGUCAGCACAUAGCCGUCCUGAUAUCAGGGUUUAGAUUCAGCUUCAGAUUAGAAACAAAAGCUGCAGUCAUGAGCAUUAACCAUCAGGGAUGUCCUGGUCAGCUUCCUGGUCCCAUCUGACUCAGAGCGGCCUGACAGCAGAACUAAGAACGCAGGUAUAGAGCAUUAAUUCUGAUUUCUUACUAGUUUACAAAGUGAACUGACCUGCGUGUUACUAUAACUGGUGAAAUCAGUGAGCGGUGUGACUUAGUAAUGACGGGGACAAACAUCUGGACAAACAUCAGCAGCAGCAGCAGUCACAGCAUGUUUUAAAUCACUGACUUGGUUCACACUGACUCUGCUGUACAGCUCCAACAGUGCCUGACAGCAGAACUUACUGGGUCCAGAAGACAAACCUUAUUCCUGUACCACCCCGAUAGGCCUGCACAGUCCAGAGUGAUGGAUUCAACCACCUUCUCUGCGGUUGUUCUGGCUUGUCACCCUCUCAAGAAUGUCAAUCCUUCCUUCUAAACUCCAGAGGUUGCUCCAGCAGCCUUUCCCUCUGAACUUGUCCCAGUAGGCUGCAUGAUUUGGCUCUCAGAUGUCUAUGAAAAUCAACUCUGCUGCUAAUACUCACUAAACAAUGUCUCUGCAUAUUUCAAACUGUCUAUUUUAACGUAUCUCCACACCGACUGUUCUGUGUUUACAUGUCCCUGCGCGGUUGCUGUAGGCUGCCGUAAAGCGGUUCUUAUUGUCGUAGUGUUGCCGGUUGGACACGUGUGUUCAUAUUAUACAGUUAAAGUCAUGGCUGGAGUUUGACUUUGAUUUGACAGUUUAAUAUUCUCAGAUUUAGUAUCGUAGAUGAAAUCUCUGUCUAAUGUGCAGGAGUCAAACAAGAUAAAGACGAUCGCCUCAAAUGCUGAUCAGGAUCAAUGACAAUCUGCAAAUGAUGUCAAAGGUUGACAUCUCCAUUACCUACACAGAGGACACAAAAUGACCCACUAAAGAUUUUCACACAGACUGUCACAUUUGUAGAAAUGUGGUGAGCUGUCUUAAUUGACCAAAAGAGUUGAGAAAUUCUUGUUAAUGUUUUCACUGUGUUAUUACUUUGUUCACUUUUAAAACUCUGGUUCUGAGAUAUUUAAGGCUGGUAGUCUGUCUGACGCUGACCGCCUCUGAGUUUUUUAAAAAAUGACAGUGUGAUGAUCUGCUGUGUUGCUGAGGGUCUCAUUUGUUUUUAAAGGUCGUAUAGAGGCAGCAGGAUCAGAUUCACUAUGUUUCUCAACACAUUAAAAACUCCUCAAAGACCCAGAAACUAAAGGAAUCAAACCAUCAGAUCCAGUAUCACAGCCUCCACCUGCUCCUCUCUGUGUACUGGGAUCACUCUUAAUGGGAUUUCGAGCUGAGGGGAUCAAAACAGAUUAAACUGAUCGAUCGAUUGUGGGAAGGACUGAGAAAAACCUGGUUCCUGUCACAUUUCAGGAAUGUGUGUGUGUGUGUGUGUGUGCAUGCGCGCGUGCAUGCGUGUGUGUGUGUGUGUGUGUGUAUGUGUGUGUUGGAAUUUUUUCAGGAAUUUCACUCACAGCCAAACCACACAUUCCAGCUGAUACAGGAAUUUAUACAGAGAUGACAUUUUUCAUCUGCAGCACAGAGACACCUUCAGAGAGCGAUAACAGACUGAGAGGAGGUCAGAGUGAGUCUUCCACACAGGAAAACAUCACUGGGUUUAAACUUUAUAUCAGCACCUCAUCAUUAUACUGCGACUGACCUGGCUUUACUGACUCAGGCUGACCCGCUCUCUGCGGCUGGUAUUGAGUUGUUUUGAAUUGAGGUUCUUGAUGAGAGUUGGGUCUGUAUGAAGUACAGGUGGAGAUUUUAGUUCAGGUUUGAAAGGUUUGUGUUCAGCAAAGAGGAAAGAGUGCAUGAACAAACACUCCGUACAUUUUACAGUAAUGUGGAGCCGGGGUUGUUGCUCAAUAAGGAGACAAAAGUGGACUGCAUCCUGGCUUACAAGCACCAGCUGAGAAUCAGUUUAUUAUCAAAAGUACCUCUGCUAUUACAGGUGACCUUUCUCUUACCCGACCUCCUGCAAAAACCCAAUUCUUACUCCAGGUUUUUGUCACAUUGAGCCUUAAUUUUAGCCACAUUCACCCCUCAGGUCCAGGAAAAUAUCUUAUUUUGAAAUCCCCUCCAAAAUAAGAUCCAAACUGCUAUAAUGAGUCAAAAAAUCUGUCAAUGAAAAAAAAUACUUUGAAACUUUCUUGAAAGAAGAAAAAGUCUCUUUGAAGAACUCACCAAGUCUCUUUUUGUCUUAUCACAUUUGCAGAUUUAUUUUUUACUCAUGACAGUUUAGUUCUUAUUUUUCUAAAUGUAACACCUCAAAAUAAGACAUUUUUCCAAAAGUUGGAUAUUUGAUUCUUUAUUGUAAAAUAUGAAGCUAAUCUAAGGCUUUAAACUCAGAUUAGACCCACAAACACAAUGGUGCUCUUUGCAUCUGCUGAGUAAAUGGUGUGUAUCCACCUUACUGAUGCAGUCUAACAUCCUUGCUCACUGUAAACUGAUAAACACACCACACAGAAAGUGAUGUGUUGAUUCUUCAGUUCACUGCAAACAUUUGCUGCAUGAAAAAAAAACACAUCAGUGUGAUCAAGGCUAAACUCUGAGUCCAUCCACUCCUGAAAAGAAGACAGGACUGAGGCGAGUUUCACCUGCUGAGGAGCCGCAGCACGAUCCAGAUCACUAAAACUGGUCAAAUCUGUAUAUCCCUAAAAAUAGCGUUGAAUUAGUUUUUGGCUCUAGGUAAAUGUUAACUCUUCUUUAUCAUUUUAACAGUGGAGAACCCAGAAUGCCUUGCUCAGUUACAUAAUGAAUGGGGCAAAAUUUCCCUCAUUAGGAAGUAAAAACCUCCAUGAGGCCAGCAGCGCCACUUCCCCCACAGAUUUCCUCCCUCUCUAUGAAAACAGGAAUGUUAUUUGGUGUAUAAACUCUGUGAGAAGCUGGUCUGAUGAAAUGACUCCUUGGUUCACUCCAACAUGUGAUACGGUGUCAGACUAAAGUAAACUACAGCAGACCUGCAAGUCAAAACUCAGGGCAAACUAACCUUUUCCACGCAUACAGAAGCGUAUCCUGCACAGCAGGACUGUGGCAAAAGUCACAUUUACAAACAGACGGCUGAUUGAGAGGAUGGCCUCUGCUGUGACUGAACACAUGAGGGAAUUUAUCAGCUGUUAGAGCAAAAACACUGACUGACUUUACAGCUGAUCACUGAGGAAGCUUUCACUGAGAGUCCACAGGUAAAAAGUUCUUAUAGCGGAACAACCAGACAGGUCAAAAGUUGUGAACAGCUGGAGGAACAUCUCCAACUAAGAAGGUGAAUUAACUGAACUGUGUGAGCUAAUAGUUCAACAGAUUCAGAGUGAUGUUCCUGAGUGUCAAAUAUGAAAGAAUGAGUGGAUUUUAUCAUCUACAGAAUAUAAUAUUAAAAGAUUGAGAGGAUCUGGAGAAGUCUCUGUACUAAAGGGACAAGGACUAAAACCAAGACUGGAUGGUCCUGUUCUUCAGACCCUCAGGCAGCACCACAUAAGAAAACAGACAGGACUCUGGGUUGAAAAACCAACACAGUUUUAUCACUUCAUCCACAAAUGAGGUUAAAACGAAGCCAUGCGAAGAACCCGAUGAAACAUGAUCCAGGAACACCAGAGACUUCUCUGGACUGAGGGGGAGAGGACAACUGUCUUGUGGACUGGUGGAUCAGAAUCUGACUUUCUUUUUGGAAAUCAUGAACGCUGUGAAAUAUUAAUGUUGUUUUUUCUUGUCUUCCUCAGUUUGAGGCAGAGUAUCGUCGCUUCGCCCUUAAAAGAAACGGUCCGGGUGGCUUUCAGGAGUUCUACCGCCUCCUCCAAACCAUCCAUCGUAUCCCAGGAGUGGAUGUGCUGCUGGGAUACGCCGAUGUGCAUGGAGACCUGCUACCAAUCAACAACGACGACAACUUCCACAAAGCUGUGUCGUUGGCCAAUCCUCUGCUGCGGAUCAUUAUCACCAAGAAAGGUAAGAGAAGAGCAGACACAGGGAGGUUCAGAUCAACCUGCAGAUAUUCUCCUCAAACACACACAGACAAAGGCUGCACCACCUGUCAGCUGUCCUGUCUGUCUGCACCUGAGCGUGUGUGUGUGUGUGUUCGAAGCAGCUGCAGGCCGAGUCUUUGUUCUCACCAUCAAACACCGUCUGCUCUGCACACUCAGCACCACCUGAUGAUCCUCCGUCUGUCGGCUCUUUGAUUCUGUCUCUGCAGCUCUGCCUCUGGACGGCUGGGUACCAUGUCUUGAUGCUGUUACUAUUGUUUUUUCUAGAUUGAGUCUUCCUCAUUAGACCCUGUUGUCUGAGUAGAUGCAGCACAGACAGGUCAGACUGGAGGACAUGGUCAGUGUUAGAAAGAUAAAUCGCAAAUCCUUAAAUAAAGACAUACAAUCUGGAAUCACGUAUUUACAAGUAAAAAAGGCCGGCUAAAGAUUAUUGGCACUCUCAUGCUGAUGGAGCUUAAUUUUGACCACAUGUAAUGAACUGCAUGGAGAGGAAAAGUCUGCCAUUUCAUUGUGGAGUAGAUGAAUGGAUUACGCAACAUUCAUUUCAAUUGGCACAGCUAAUGUCCUUCACUGAGCUGCCAAAAAUCUGCUAAUUUCAAAGCCUUUAUUUAAUUUUGUGUGGUAAUGAUGUGAUGCCAUCCUUGAACACUAGGUCAGACUUUGGCAUGAAGCGUUCACAAAGCUGAGGCUCCAGGUAUUUGCACUCAGAAGCCUGAAUGGAGUUUACACCGAUGUGCUGAUGUGUCGAGAGCCUUCUGCUCGAGUUGGACUUAUUUGUGUCGGGUCAUUGUCAGGAACUCACCUCAGCGACUUAUCGUGGGUUUUAUUUGGAGAGAACAGGACAGUCCACAGAUUGGGAAAUUAAAAUCAAUUUGUUGGUCAUGGUCACUAAGGAGUUUGAGUCUGAUAAAUACUGCAGCUCUCAGCAGAUGGUAGAAAUUUCGCUCUUCCUGUGUGUUGCUGUUCGGGCCAGUGUUGGUGAAGUCAGUGUAGUUUUGCAGUAUGGUACAGAGGGGAAAAAAAGACUCAUCUUUAUGGCUCUGAUUCCUGAGAAAAAAAAGAGAAAAUUCCAGAUCAAAAUUCUCUGUUUCAGAGGUCCUCAGCCUCGUUUGUAAAGGGUCAUACUUUGCACCAAACAAAUGCAUAAUGGUUUAUGUGAAUGUCUGUGAAAAAGAUAGUGAUGGACAGUGAGAAUGUGUGCUUCACAAUGCAGUUUGUGGAGCAUUUAACCCUGUGCAUGUGCUCUGUGAAUUAGAAAAUAGUUUUUGGUCAUUUGGAUAUAGUAAUCAUGAAUGUUAUGCAAUAUUUUUUGACUCAGACAAGACAAAGAGAAUCUGGUUUAAAAGCCUGCCUCUAAUACAAGCCUGCUUCACACAAAGACCUGCUACCUUUCUCAGUUUUUGCAAAUGAAGGUUUUAUUUGAGGGUGAAGGUGUGCUGGUGUGCACACACACCCCAUUUCUCAUAAUUACAGCUGAUGGGCAUCACAAAGCUGGGGAUCCGUUCACUGUGUUUGGGGUAAAGACAUCCCAGUCAUUAAGUUCUUCCUCAUGCAUCGUCUUUGGUUACAGUUUGACGGUACAAAAAUGGAGUUGAGAAAUGAGGUCUAUCAGUGACCUGUAGCUGGAGCAUCAGGCAGGAACCUGUCAAAAAAGAUGACUCCACUACAUUAGCCUUUUGCUCUGGGAACAGACUGUUUUCCUGAAACACGAGCUGAUGAUUCAAAUGUAAACCACAAGACCUCUGACACUGACAUCCAGUCGGACAGCUGAGGUUCUGUUUCUGUGUAACAGAGAUAAGAGGAAGGGAGUGCGCUCGGGAUCAGGCUGCAGGCUCUGCCUAAUGUCUGUCAGAGUUCAGCAUCUACAGUCUGAUCUCAUCACUGCUCACAAACAAAAUCCAGGGAGAGAGUGGACCAUCUCUAAACAGCACUGAACAUUACAGAUAGAAAACACUAGAACCAGGACUAAUAUAGGGUCUGCUUCAGCUGGUGAACAAUGAGGAAAGAGCUCAGCAUUACUCCUUGAUUGUGACCUUGUGGACAGAUUUUACCACCGCUCCUGCAGGUUAUAUACAGCCUUGGGAUUUUGUGGGUGUCAGAGUGGCCAAGAUUCAAGAAUCUGUACACAGGGUAAUGCAAAGAGUUAUGCUGUAAGCUGUUUCUGCAGGAGCUGAAGCACUGACAGCUCUGAGCGUGGAUAACUGUCUUUGGAGACACUCUGGAUGCAGCCUUAACAAAGCCAGAGUGGCGUUUUCCAUCACACCCUGUAAGCUGCUCUGCUGAACACUCGUGCAGAUGCAGCAGAAUACACACAACUUUUCAGAGGUGAUGUUGGACCUGUUUUUGAUUGAUUGAAAUGGUUCAUUUGAAAAACAAACAGACAGACACAAAAAGAGGAAAUAUAUGCAGUGGUGUGAUGUUGAGAGAAACAGGCUACUGUGUGUGUGAUUACACUUUCUAUGUGGCUUUAAAAAAAGAAAUUACACACUGUGAUCAGCAAAACAUCAAACUAUGAGGACAUGUUUUGAUACGUACAACUCAGUCAUGAGAAAACAUGGCAGGAGCCUGUGUUAAUAAUCAUCUUUCAUAUUGAGCAUGAAAUCAAAGUCGCAUCAGAAUAAUUGAGGAAAUCAGCAGGAGAAGUGAGACAGACGGGAUCAAACAAAACAUCAAUCAUUGACCUGAAGAGGUGAAAAUCCAACUUCUUUAAAGUUCCAACUCCUACAAGAACGAGUGUCACUGUCUGUGUGUGUGUGUGUCUGUGUGUGUGUGUCUGUGUCUGUGUGUGUUUGUCUAUGUGUGGGGCUAUGUAUUUUUGAGUCUGUGUAAAUCUGUCUAGACCUGUAUGUGUGUGUGUCUGUGUGUGUCUGUAUGUGUCUGUUUGUUUGUGUCUGUUUGUGUGUUGUGUGUGUGUGUGUGUGUGUGUGUGUGUGUGUGUGUGUAUCUGUCUAUACCUGUAUGUGUGUGUGUGAGUCUGAGUCAACAGACUGUCUGUGUCUCUGUCUGUCUGUCUGUGUGUGUCUGCAUGUGUCUGUGUCUUUGUGUCUGUUUAUAUCUGUGUGUGUUUGUUUGUGUGUGUGUGUGCAUCUGUCUAUAUCUGUAUGUGUGUGUAUCUGAGUCUGUUUCAGUCUGUGUGUGUCUAUAUGUAUCUGUGUUUUUGUGUCUGUAAUGUCUGUGUUUUAGUGUCUAUGUAUGUGUAUGUCUGUCUAUACCUGUCUGUAUGUUUGUGUGUGUGUGUCGGUGUCUCUGUUUCUGUGUGUCUGUGUCUUUGUCUGUUUGUCUGUGUCUCUUUUUCUGUCUGUGUGUGUCUAUGUGUGUGUAUGUCUGUUUAUACCUGUCUGGAGGUUUGUGUGUGUGUGUGUGUCUGUGUCUGUGUCUCUUUGUCUGUGUGUCUGUGUUCUCCUGGAUCAAAGAGGCUCUCUCCUUCUGUUUCACUCCUCCAUCAUGUCUGAGGCUGAUUAUUACACUCCUGUACUGUUGUGUCUCAGAGCACUUUCCCUGUUUCUGCAUAAUUCAUGAUGUAAUGAUGUUAAUCUGCUCCUGAGCCGCCUGCUAUUGUUGUUGUGAAUCACAGACAGCUGCUGCUUUAAUCUGAUUAACUCAACGGCCCAGAAAGAGACAGAGAGGAGGAAAGAAAUCAGCAUUUGCAGCCGAUUUGGACGUUGAGUUUCUAACUCGGAUAUUGAACUCUGCAGAUUAACUCUAGAAAACUUGAGGAGAGUGUCAGCAACAAACAGCAUAACCUCCAACACACACUCAUGCUGAAUUAGAAAAAAUGUCCUAAUUCAAUCAGCUUCUUGCUGCCCCACACGCCAAACAGCACCUCAUUAAGGAUUAGGUUCUGAGUUAGCCAACUCACAAAUUACUCACCAAAUCCAGAGUGUAAUCCUGUUUUUCUGCACAUUCUCCUGAAUCUAAGCUCUGCAAGAAUACAAGAUCACAUUCAUAACAAUGUGGCAGUGGAGGCUGGAUGGUAUUCGUCAGGUUUGUUCAUAAUCAGACUGUUUAAAAUCUUUAAAUAUCACUCAGAGUCCUGCAGCCUGCAGUGGCUCCGCUUCACAUGUGUAUCAAUGUAUUUUGCACAUUUAAAUCAGUUUAUUUGGAUUAAAACCUGCAGAUUUGUUCUGAUAACUCUGAUCAUUCUCUCGGACCUGAGCUCGAAGCUCAGUCUUUGUAUUUGUGUGACUGUGCAUUGGUCUGUCUGUAUGUGUGCAUGUGUGUGUGUGUGCAUGUGUGUGUGUAUUUGAUUGGAGUUGAGAGUGGUAGCAGCCCAUCUGCUGUAGUAAACCAUUAGCCCCUGAGUGGGAUUAUCUUACUCUGAAAGACCUCAUCAAUCAUAUCAGCUCCACUCACUUCCAUUACCCUGUGUACGUGUGGGUGAGCAUGCAUGUGCGUGUGCGUGCAUGUGUGUGUGUCUGUGUGUCUGAAUGCAAUACAUAAAUAAGGUGGAGGUCUGUAACAGGAUGUGAAAUACGUCCGUCUGCAGAUACAGGAGGUUAACCAUCUCACCCUGUGUCAGUAUUAUUGUGGUUUCCAUGACAACAGUUCUUUAUGGGUACCACAGCAUUGGUCACAGUGACAGUCUAACAUUGAUAUUACCCUGAUUGUCAGGGUUUUUAUGACAUUAUUGUUAUGUGUAUAUUAGUACAGGGGUCGUCAUGGUAACAGCCAAGCUGCAACCUCAUACAGAUAAUCAAACUCAGAAAAUGCAAAAAUAUAAAAACAUAAAUAUGAUACUAAAUGAUACUUAUAAUAUUCUGUGAAAAUCAUGGAAGUUAAAGGAAAGCAUUCAGAGCUCCCCCUGCUGACUGGAUGCAGAACAGGUCAUAAACCCGCUUUACAUUGUCCUGCUUAUUCCCAUAUACCUACUAAAGAAAAUGACAAAUCUGACAUAAUGAUGAUUUUGCUGAUUAAAACCCUGUUGCUUUGGUCACUACAACUCAUGGUUAAAGUAACUUGGUGGAGAUAAGCAGCUUAGAGAUGCUCUCACUAGCUUGGCUGCUGGUACACGGAUUGCAGGACAGGAUGUUGCUCCACUUUUAUCAGAAGCUCUUUUGAGACAUGAACUCUGGUUAGAAAAAACAAAAAGGUCUGUCAAUGAUUAUUUUAACAUCAGGUAUAAUAGCUUCUUGAAUUGAGUGGCACUCUCUUACAGAUUUAUCAUUAUUAUAACUUAAACAGAUGAAGUAGAAAGGCUUCAUUCAAACUGUGAGCUCAUAGUCAUAGUCUUGAAUACUGGUGGAAUAAAACAAAAGAGAGACAAAGAAGAAGCAGCAGCUGCUAGCAAGCUAGCUUUAGCAUCCCUCUAAGAGAUGAGACUUUUAAAAAAACUGACAUUGAAAUAUUUAUUAUGAAUUCAUAAAACUACUUUGAUGUAAUUCAGUUCAACGACUCUGGCUCACCUGAAAAGUACUUCAAAAUAAAAUGACAGUUUUACCAUGUGCGAAAUAGAGCAACCUAUCAAAAUAAAAGCCUGACAAACAAACAAUGAUUCCAGUCUCAGGGCUGCUGAUAUGGAUAAAUCAUGAAUCUAAACAUCAUGUUUAUUAAUAAAGUUUAUGAAGUAACGUGUUUAUCCAACCUUUUGUUUUGACUGAUGAUGUUGUUUUAUUGACAACUUUCACAUAAAUUUCAUGACGACUGUAGUGAAUGUUGAGGCUUUAUGUUCUUCUGUAACAUGUCUGAGCUCCUCUGACAGAUCUCUGAGGGACAAACGGACAUAGAGGUGGAUGAAAAUAUCUGUGUACCAGAGAAAGAGACAAGGUGGAAGAGGGAGGUAUUAAAUAUUUAUACAUAGAGAUGCAGGGAUGAGGAGAUGAGGAGGAGGACUGUAUGCUCUCUGUCUGACAAGCUGCUGUUAAAAUAAGGCGUCUAAUGAGUAGAAACAGAGAUGAAGCUGCAGUCACACUCCUGACAUGAGGACAGCAGUGAAGCUGAGUUUUUAUCACUGAGACAGUCUGUUCACUCUGACUGUGAGAGGAACGAGUGAGAGGAGCUGAAGAUCCUAUUUUGACUCUCUUCCUUUACUGUUGGCUGCAUGCAGAGUGAGGACAGUGUGCAGACCACUGAGUUUAAUUUAUAACCUGAGGUGUGCCUGAAAUAAAAACCUGGAUUUGGCUCUAUUUUUAUAUGAUUGAAUAAAUGAUUAGCUGGAGAUGUUUCUGAAUCUCUGCUGCAGUCAUCUGGAUCAGAAGCUAAAAUGGUCAGCAGAGCUUAGUCCCUGAUCUAAAAGUGCUUGUUUUUUUUUUACAGGCCAAGAGCAUUUCAAACAUUCAGGGAAAUAUGUGAUUGAUUUAAAGUAUAUCUGCUCAUUUUGAAUUUAAUCUCACAAACAUGUUUCAUAAAAGUAGCUCCAGGUUCAUGUUCACCAUCCUGCGUCAUGAGCUCUUCUUUCACCAACUCUCUGUAAACCUUAGUAAACCCAGCAGACCAGUUUCUGGAGUCUGAAAGUCAAAUGUGGUCCCAGUCUUGUCUGAUAGAGGAUUUCAGCUGCUCCACAGUUCAGGGUCUCAUUUGUCCUAUUUCAAUCGGGGACAAGUCAGGACUGCAGUCAGGCCAGUUUCUCAGUAGGACUCUUCUACUACAGAGCCAUGCUGUUGUAAUCCCUGUUGUCAGAAUGUGGAUUGUCAUUGUCUUGCUGAAAUAUGAAAGUCUUCCCUGAAAAAGUCUUUGUCUGGAUGGCAGUAGAUGUUGCUCCUAAACCUGUAGAUAUUGUUCAGCAUUAAUGGAGCCUUCACAGAUGUGAGAGAUACCCAUGGCAUGGACUCUACCAUCAGGGAUGCUGGAUUUGAACUGAAAACAAAGCAGGUGAUCCUUCUACUCUUUUGAGAGGAGGAUGCAGUGUCCAUGAUUUCCAAAAAAGAGUGUGGAAUUUUGUUGUUCGCUCUCUUCCUUAGAGCAGAAGGGCUAUGUCCAGAACCUCAAAUUUUGGUGGUCUCUUUACUCAGAAGACUAGAGGAGGCAAUAUCCUGAAUUUCCAAAGAUAUCCAAUCAGAAUCCCUGAUAUCUUAGAAGAAUGUCAAAUUUUGUUUUUUUUAAACAAAAGGACAGUUUUUUUCUUCUCCUCUGUCCAUCAUAAAUGGUCCCAGGUCCAGGGAAGUCACAGUUUUUUCUGGAUCAUGCUUAUUUCUGGUUUCGCCAUGUGCCUUAAACUCAGUUCACAUGUGGGACUUUAGCUUAGCUUUACCCCUGCAGAGCAGAGUGCGUGCUGCUUUAUAAAGUGCCAAAAAUCAACAGGCACAUCUACAGGAGACAAAGAACAACUCAUGAGAACAGAGACCAGGAUCCUGACCAUUGCAGUUUAAUCAGUGAAGGCGUCCACACAGGCAGCAAACUGUUGCGCAGGCUGCAGACUAACAGGAAGCUCUCUCCGUGUUUAUCUCUUGUUGCAAAGCCCAGAGGGAAGUUAUUGGAGGGUCAGGUUACUGCUCCUCCUGCAGCUGACACUGACAGAGUCGCUGUCAGGCUGUAGAUUUAUCAGAGCUUCACACAGACUGAGGAGUUACUAAAGAAACCAGAAAUAUCUGUGUAUAAGUUCUUGGAGACAAGUCAGCGGUGUCAUCGAACACAGAGGCAGGAAAACAGACUGUGCUGCAUGCAGGAGGUGCUGCUUUUUAUGGCGCACAUAUCAGACAUAUAACCCAGCUGUAUAUGUUAUUCUCAGCCUCUCUCACGCAUACUGCAGAGACCUCCUGCACAUUUUCACACAUACAUAUACAGCAGCAGCCUGCACCAACACCCCCUGUCGUCUGAAUGCAUCAUGCAGAGUGCUGUCUGUGACUCUGACAGUCUACACGUUUUAAAUAAACCAGUUCAGUGUGGAGCAUCAUGGAUAAAUCAGUGUGUGUGAUGUUACAUAACCCGCCAGUGUGAAAAAACCACCUGCAGAUUUUAAUGACGUGUUUCAGAUAGCUGUUUUUAGUUCUUGCUGAAGAAUGAAAGUGUUCAUGAAAAGCUGCAAAAAACAUGAAUAUUGUUAGAAAGAGAUUUUAACUUUAUUUUUUAAGUUUAAGUUUAUAUUUUAUAUUGCAGUUCUGGUCCAGAGAGGUUUUCACACAUACUCUGCAGCCCUGAUUAACAAAACUCAACAGUAACAGGGUGGCUGCAGGUCAAGACCAAGAGAAACCAUGCCGAGACCAGGUGGUAUGUCCUUUGCUCUGAGUCUGUCUGGAGUAAAUAUAACAAAUGCAUCAUAAUGAGUCUUCAUGAGGACUUCACUAAAUGUUGGUAUUUGUGGACCUGUGGAUCAGAACUGUAGGUUUGAUGAAGAGCAGAACUAAGCAGAUAUGCAACACAUGCUGGAUACACAGGAUGAAGCAAAAUCAAAACAGCAAAAUCCAGCAGCUUCUGCUCAGAGUUGUGGAUUUCUUUUUAAGUUAGUUUGAGUCGAAACACCAUGACACACCUUCUUAUCUCUCAGAUUGAUCCUGUAUUUAUCUAUAACACCUGCUCUGUCUUUUAUCCAGUCAGCCAACAUGGCUCUCUCUUAUGUUCACGGCAUCUUCACGGUGGAGAUUUGACUGGAUCAGUUUUUAUAAGCUUCAGCGCCUCUCAGUUUUUGUGAAAUAAAAAAUUCUGGAUUGCUUCAUGGCACUGAAAAGUAUGAAAAUAUUGAAAAUCAUAAUCCCUGCUGUUCACCUGGAGUUGCUGUUGUUGUUGAAAUGUCUUUAAACCUGUUGUAGAGACUCAAACAGACCGACAUGACUCAACUCUUCUCCUCCUGCUACCUAUCCAAGCUAAAAUAACUCCUUAUGAUAAAGCCCAGCAACUUCUGUAUUUGACUGUUUGGGAUUUACUAUGAUGAUAUUUCUCCUCUCUAAUCCGUCUGUGAAAUUCCAACAGUCCUGUAGCUGGUUUAACAGGUAAAGAGGUGCAGUGUUGAUUUUGUCACUAAUCUGUAACAAGUACAGCUCAGGUACAGAUGGUUUUCACUUGUCAGGGUGAUGUCGGUUUAAUAUCUGAACUCUAUACUCUCUAUAUAUUUUGCAGAGGUCUGUUGGACUGUUGUGUCUGCCCAGCUUAAAUGAUGUCUAUGCUGCUGACAGUGUCGCCACAGUGUUGCUAAAGCUGUAUCAGAGCGCUCUGUGUUAAUGCUUCCCUGCAGGCUGCCAUAAAGCGGAUGUUGCUGCUGUAAUCUGGCCGGUUGUGCUCAUUCAUGUUCAUGUUGCUUCAGUUCUACUUUGACGUUUCUUUUUAUAAUUUUCUUUUUGAACCCAGAUGAUUUAGUUGCUCUAUGACACUUUUGUAUUUGCAUUGUGCUGCAGAUUUUGCUCUGUCUAAUUGAUUAGGCUGGAAUGAGCCAUUCAAAUUGCUAAUCCCUGAUUAAUUAAAAAUACCCGAUACAGCACCAAUCAGAUAGUCAAGACUGUGAGCAGAGCAAACCUAAAAAAUAAAGGUUGAUGAUGCAGCUGAACACAAAAAUUGAAAUGAAAAUGAUGUAAAUGAACCUCAGAAAGGCAGAGCUACCUGUUUGAAGUAUGCUGUCAUCCUCUUAUUGAUCUUUAGUAUAAUCAGGCUAUUUGUCCCGAUCUUGUGGACUCUCAUUAGUCAGUGGCAUUGUGACAGAAGCACCUCCUCUGUGAUUUUAAUUUCAUCUGAACUUUAUCCUCUGAGAUAUAACCGUGUCAGGGUGAGGAACAGUCGCGUAGAAAAACACACCUUCCGUCUGUGUCAGUUUCUGGUUAUGUGGAUGACUCCAUGGCACAGUAAGAGUUAACCCUCGGAGUAAAGGGUGUCUGUGAUGAAAGGGUUAACACCCACCACACCCUCUCAGUGUGCAGCAGCUCUCUGUGUCUGUAAGAGGAGCUGAUGGAGACCUGAACACACUCACUCAGACAUAUGGAGCGCCACUCAGCUCCAGAUGGUCUCUGCAGAGUGAGGUCACUGACACACACACGCACACACACACCAGUCAAUGAGAGGGGCAGAUAUGGGUCAGACAAAGACAAUGACCAUUUAUAACAAGAUCAUAUCUUGUCUCUGCUUCAUGUAUUUUUCUGCAGCUGUUUUUAUUUAAAAUAAUCAGGAGGUGGUUUUUAGUCUUGGAUUUAAAAUUUUACUAAUUAGAAACAAGUUUAAACCUGUCUAGUAUCAACGCCCACCCUGAGUGGUCACAAAUAGACAUCCUGGAGGACCCAGCCUCGUCAAGAAUUACGGUGUCUCUUUAUUAUUGACCAGAAACAGUCAGAAGCAGCAGGUCUCCCCUUAAAAACUGCAGUUCUGUUUCAGCUGCAGAGUAUCAGCAUGGAGGGAAAAGGAAAUGGCAGACCAUUGUACCAUGUUAAUGUUUUCCCAUCAUCCUUUGUGUUCUGCUGGCUGCCUAAGUGGGAGAUUGUACCAGCUUUAAACCUCAUUUGUGGGUGCAGUGAUAAAAGUGUGUUGGGUUUUGAAGUGACUCUGGACCAUCCAGUCUUGGUUUUGGUCUUUGUCCCUUUAGUCCAGAGACUUCUCCAGAUUCUCUGAACCUUUUAAUGAUAUUAUGUUCUGCAGAUAAUGAAAUCCACUCAUUCUUUCACAUUUGACACUCAGGGUCAUUACUCUGAAACUGUUGAACUAUUAGCUCUGUUUUUAGUUUUAAGUUUGGUUGUUUUUCUACAACAUCUUUUUUUUUUACAAACAUCAGAUUUAAAAUGAGCAGAUAUUUUCCAUUAUUAGUUUAAUAUAUUGUCUUAAAUAUAGACUUUAAAUGCCGUACAAUCAAAUUCUGUUAUUCUCUCAAACUCUAAUGGAGCUGAUAUUGUUAAAGCAGUGAUCAGCUGUUAUCAGUUAUUGACCCUUUUAAAGCUGCUGAAGGUUGAAUGUGUGGAAAUCUCUCCACAUUUACUCCAGUUAGGUAUAAGUACACUUAAAAACAGGAGAUCCUCUCACACUCAGUAUCUUCUCCAAAUGUCUCAUCUGUGUAAAAUCUGUGCUGAGGAUGAGCACAGAUUGAUUGACAGUAUAAGGUCAGCUCUAAACCAACCUCAAUAGCACUGUCAUGCAGAUGGGUCAUGCACAGGUCAGAGGUCAGCUAAUCCACAGGACUCAGACUUAUCCUAUGUUUUCCUGUUGCAGCAGCAGAAAAAUCUGAAUCAACAGUAAAAAUGUAAAACCGUUCCAGUAGAUAUUUAAAACCAGAUUGUCUCUGAGGUUUGAGAAUUCAGAUCUCUCUUUAAACCUGUUUAUAUUACAGAGAUUUACCAUCAGGUUAAAUACAAAGACACAAACACAUGCACUCAAACUGAUUAAUAGUUCUCCUUUUACGAGGACCCUGUGUCUUCAUUUCUCAAACUCUCUUCAUUCCUUUAAAACUGCAGAUUCAAACUUAAAAUCAACACCUGGACCUGCAGGAAUGACCUCACCUUAAAGACACGCUCGGUCUAAUCUUAUUGGUUCAAACAGAAACAUACACACAGGUGUGAUCUAAUCUGAUCACAUUUCACUGCGAAAACAUAGUAUCAGUGUUCACACAUGGAGCAGACUGUAGACCACAUGGAGAGAGAAAUACUGCGAUCCUGUCAACAUUGAAAGAGGCUCAGACCGGAGUCUGUUUUACUCAAAGCAGGUGAAAUAUUUUUUCUAUUUUUGCACCAUUAAGAGAGUCUCUCAGCACAGGCCUCCUCACAGGCCUCAAAUUUCUUCUUUUGAGACCAUGAAGGAUUAGUGUUUUAAUUUUUGAAAUGGUUUUAGUUCUUUGGUCGUGCUGAAGGUGGAGAUACGCCUUGUGUCGCACCUGAGCAGGUGCUAUGCUAAAUAAGACUGAAAGCUGUUAAUUUUGGCUUCAAAGCCUUUAAGUCUGACAGAUUUCAGCUAACUGUAGUGUGACUUGAAGUGACAGUGAAACCGUGACUUUGAGGAGAUAGUUGCAGAGAGAAUUAGACUCUUCAAAGCAAAUAUAUCGAAACUGAGACUGAGUGAGGACAGAUACACUGACUAAGAGAGGACAGAUACACUGAAACUGAGACUGAGUACGGACAGAUACACUGACUAAGAGAGGACAGAUACACAGAAACUGAGACACAAUGAGGACAGACAUUAAAACUGAGACUGAGUGAGGACAGAAAACUAAGACUGAGUGAGGACAGAUACAAUGAAACUGAGACUAAGUGAGGACAGACAUGCUGAAAAUGAGACUGAGUGGAAACAGAUACACUGAAACUGAGACUGAACGAAGACAGAUACACCAAAACUGAGACUGAGUGAGGACAGCACACUGAGACCUAGACUGAUUGAGAACAGAUACACCGAAACUGAGACUGGGUGAGGACAGAUACACUGGAGCUGAGACCCAGAACAGAUGGACAAAUAGUAUGCCGGUAGCUACUGUCCAUUAGAGAGAUCCUGAUGCUGAUCCUAGCUCAGGUCAUCAAUCUGGGAACUUGUAAACCUGAAGUAGCUGGAAACAGGAGGAAAGUUCAUCUACAGAAGAAGACAGAAUACCCCAGCUAAGAGUGAGAGUCCAGGUGAUAAUAUGAACACACAGAGCAGCACAGACACACCUUCACACAUACACACUCCUGCAGUGAAAACAAAGAGAGACUGAUAGUGAAUAUUUGGUCCUCUCCGUCUGGAUGACGUCUUUGUUUUUGAGGAUGUUUUCCAGGAUCAGACUGAGUUUUGAGUUUAUAAUAAAACUGUCCUGACAGACAGGAUUAUAAUCAUAAUCAGAUUUGGGGUGUAACACUGCAUAAGAGGACACAGAUAGUCUGCUGUUAUAGAGACCGUGUCAGAUAUCUGCCUAUCAAAUCUUGUGUGUGGGUGUGUGUGUGGGUGUGUGAGUGAGUGUGUAUGUGUGUGUAUGUUCAGACUGAGGGGCUUAGCAGUGUCUGUGCCUUCAGGCUUUAGUCUGGUCCUUCAUGCUGAGGCUCUGUUCAUCAGGAAACACACACACACUAAAUGGAGACUGUGUGUGAGUGUGUUUUCUCAUUAAUGCUGUUCUGUGUUGGUCGAUACUGCUUCUCAGAGAAUAACCUAACACACACACACAUACACACACACACACACACACACACACACACAGAAAGAAUGCGGUGCAGGAAUGCAGCAGGUCAGGUAUUUGUCUCCAGCAGAGAAGCUGUCUGUUCUCUGUUUGCUCUCUCUCUUCUCUGACUGAAUAAAAGCUCACUAUGAGACUUUAAUAAGGACUGUGUGUGUGUGUGUUUGUGUAUGUGUGCAUGAUUAGCUUCCUGUUGCUCUUUCUGAUUAGCUGUGACAAGGUCUGUCUGUGGAGAGACGAGGACAGAAAACCUGGUCUGUUGGUUUAGAGCUCUCAGAGACAGAUCAGCAGGGCUGUCAAAACUGGUCAAAGAAACAUGAAUAUUCAAACUGUUUUUUUUCUUCAUUCAUUUAGUGAAUUAGUGAACUGAUCACGCUCAGGUGGAAUAGAUAGACAUGUUAUGCACCAGUGUUUCAUCAGGGUAACUUUACAGGUAGUUACUGUUGUCAUGCUCAUGUCGUAGGCUCCCGUAAAGCCUCUUCUUUUUUUUAUGUUCAAACUUCAUCCUGAUCAGUUUGUGGUGGACUGUAGUGCUGGUCAGUUCACUCACUCAUAAUCUGCUUCAGUUCAUGAUGAAUAAGCCAGAGAGAGAAAGUCAUUUUAUGACUGUAUGAUAUUAUAGUUAUGUUCCCUCUCAUCUGUUGACAGUAGACAUGCUGUCUUGCUGUUUCCAUGAGCAAACCUUCCAGCACUUUGCUUCCUUUUUUUCUGCUUUACUCAUCAAUAACUUCUGUAAUGAGGGGCGCACACAUUUUCACAUUUAAUUCAAGACAACAAACGUCUCAUACUCAGACCAUUAUGAUGAUUAUUUAGCUUGUACUUUUUCACCCGACAUUUUGGCCGAUGAAGUCUUCAUCUGUCAGACAACUUCAUGUGAAACCACCUAAAAGACACAAUAUAGCAGCUUAUUUAAACCUGACUGGGCCUCUCUGUAGCAGCACAGUUACUCUGUGAAGUCUCUGCCGACAUUGUUGGUGAUUGUCUCAGGUACAGUGCUGAGAUCCUCCACCUGACAGACAGCCACAUUAGGGUGGUUUUUUAAGUUUAAAUAUAAAAUUCAUGUUUGAUUAAUUUGUUUUUAUUAUUAAUAUUUGAAUAUAUGUUCAAAUAUGGAAUAUUUCUGAAAGAUCAGUUUAACAUCCAGUCUUUCUCUGAGUGAGCGUAACAAAACCUGCAGCAGCCAAACGUGACCUGUCAGAUGAGUUUCAGCACCAUAAGUCAAAAGAGCUGGAAAAAAAACUGGUUUAAAAAAGGAAUACCAUUGGGCUUUUUUCUUAAAUCUUUUUUUUUUUUUUUUUUACAAAACAUUAAUGUGACACACACACAGUGUGGCAGUGAGUGAAAACAACAGCAAAGAAUUAAGUGUUUCUGUGACUUCAGGAGCUUUUAUGUCCCACAGAAAAGAAGAUCAGAGUUUUUUAGAGUCUGAAUAGAUCCAAGCCCUCUGAAACUGAGAUCAUCUAAGUGCAUUUAUGGAGUCAUUUAGUGAUAUAAUGUGGGAUAGUGUUCUUAGCUGAAGAUCCACUACAGAGGCUGCAAUCUUUGUUUUGGUCUGUUAACCAAUCAGAGGCUGUAUCUGCAGUCAGCUGACUUGUAAAGGGCCUGUCAGAAGCCAGACUCCCCUGUCUUGGCAGAGCAUACUAAAACUGAGUUGGAGAGAUUUUCUUGAUUUGUCUGAACACUAUCAAUGCUUUUUCUGAAAUUGUUCUGAAAAGCUGCAUCAUUUAGUUCUCUCUCCAGGCUGAACUAACACUGAGGAUAUCUGGUAAAAACAGUGAAUAAUUCAGAGGUCCUGAGGGACUCUCAACUGCAGGCUGAAGAAAAAGAGCUUCAAUUAAAGCCUAAAUGAUCGCUGACUCCACAGGGGAAUCAAACUGCUCUGUCAGAAAAGAGCUGCAGCUUCACAUCAGCUUCACCUGCACACACCUGCAGCAGUUACAUCACAGCAGGGGUACACACACUCACACAAACAACACACACACAACCAACACACACACGCACGUGUCCGUGUAAGUUUUAUUCAAAUAGAUUUCAGAGGCUGACAGAAAGCUGAUAGGUCUGGAACAGACAGGUGGUUUUGUUUAUCCCAGGGUUCAUAGCAACAGGAAACAACACAGAAAUAAAAGGAUAAGAUCUGGGGCACAGCGGACACAGUCUCACUCUUUCACCCUCUCACUCUGACCCUGGUGGUCUCAGAUCUAUGUCAGUCACAGUGGACACAGUCUCACUCUUUCACCCCCUUAAUCUGACCCUGAUGGUCUUGAAUCUGUCAGCCACAGCAGACACAGUCUCACUCUUUCACCCUCUCACUCUGACACUGACGGUCCUGAAUCUCUGUCAGUCACAGUGGGAACAGUCUCACUCUUUCACCCUCUCACUCUGACCCUGAUGGUAUCAGAAGUCUGUCAGUCACAGUGGGCACAGUCUCACUCUUUCACCCUCUCACUCUGACCCUGAUAGUCCUGAAUCUCUGACAGUUACAGUGGGCACAGUCUCACUCUUUCAUCCUCUCACUCUGACCUUGGUGGUCUCAGAUCUAUGUCAGUCACAGUGGACACAGUCUAAUUCUUUCACCCUCUCACUCUGACCCUGAUGGUCUUGAAUCUCUGUCAGCCACAGUGGACACAGUCUCACUCUUUCACCCUUUCACUCUGACACUGAUGGUCAUCUCUGUCAGUCACAGUGGACACAGUCUCACUCUUUCACCCUCUCACUCUGACACUGACGGUCCUGCCUUUUUGUCACAGCAGCAGAGUUUAGAGUCUGGUUCAGACCGUGGUUUUCAUUGUUCCAGCUGGUUUUAAUCCUUUAGUAAAAGAGACACAAAGCAGCAUGUGCUGCUGCCGAACAACAACACAGGAUUAUACUCUCAGAUUAAAACUGUCAGUGUUUAAUCUGCACCAGAUUCUUUACCCACAUGGUCGACUCUCUGUGGCCAGAUUAAACACAAAGGUUUCUACAACCAUUCAAUUUUAAUCUUUGUCCAAGCGGGAUUCAGCAAAUCAUGUUCUCAGAGGCUUUAACACGAAUCGCUGAACUGAUGGUGUUAAACUGAAAGUUUAUGAUCUAUUUUUCAGAAAUUCUGUUUUGUCGUUGGUAUUGUUGGCAAAGUCAGACAGUCAGCUGACUUCAUUUAAAGAUAAAAACCACAGAGACGGAGAGAUUUGAGUGCGUGGUGAGUGUGAAAUGAGAAAAUGAUGUGAAGGUUUGAACAAAAAUAUUUAUCAGCUCCAACAGUCGCAGCAAUGAUAUGAAACGUGAAACACGGAAUAAUAUUUUUGGACCGAAUCAUCUGAAUGUUCGUCCAAACAGAGAGGAAGAAAAAUAUUCAGACGGACGGUUUACCUGAUUAGAUUAUAGAACCUGAGAGAGAGGGUGUCUCUCUCUCUCUCUCUCACACACACACACACACACACGCACACACACACACACGCACACACAGACACACACUUUCACAGGUUUUUAGCAGAGUGGUUUGAGCGAAACCUUGAAAUGUUUGAUCCGUUUAUUACAAUCACUUCUUGUGUUUUAGACUUCAUCAGGUUUUCACUUCACAUCUGUCUUCUAAAACUUUGAAAUGUCCCUUUAAAUGCUGGUAAAACCCUUUUAAAGCUCCAGAGCUGAUUUUUCAAACCCCUGACAGUCUGAAUGACGAGUUUCCUCCAUCUCUCUGCUUCUUCUUUCAGAGGGGGAACCCAUCGUUUAUGGCACCAACUCCCUGCAGAAGCGUAAAAAACACAAGCCAGGCCUGAUGAUUGGUCUACCGCAGAACUUCAGACAGAUCUCCUCCAUCAUCGACGUGGACAUUCUGCCAGAGACGCACCGACGUGUCCGACUCCACAAACACGGCACGCACAAACCGCUCGGUUUCUACAUUAGAGAUGGGGUGAGCGUGAGGGUGACGCCGCAGGGUGUUGAGAAGGUGAGGACACACACUUUCAUGAUUUACACUGAUGAAAUAUUUUAAGCAACAACUUUAGAAGUAAUUUUUCCAGCCACAGAGUAUAACAGAGUGUAACUAAUCAAACUGUCUUUACUGAGAAGUGUUUCAGGAGGAGCUAACAUCUCUCCAAACUGUCUCAUCGGUCAUCUCCUCUGCAGGUUCCCGGUGUGUUUAUUUCCCGCCUGGUGCGCGGUGGAUUGGCUGAAAGCACGGGGCUCCUGGGGGUCAAUGACGAGAUCCUCGAAGUCAACGGGAUCGAUGUGGCAGGAAAAUCUCUGGACCAGGUCAGCACAGAGUCCAGACCUGCAGAGGCCAGGAUUAAACUGGUUUCACUGCAGCAGGCGUCAGUGUUUGUAUCAUAUCAGGGACUUGGUUCAGUUACAAACAUGAUAACAGAGUUACCCUGACCUGUUGAGGCUAACAGCUGUGAUUACAUCUUUGAUCAAGUCUGAGUUCGGACUGGAAUUCAACUCUGUGACCUCUGACAAAGUUUCCCAGUUUUAUUACGUUCUGUUUAUAAAGACAAGAGCUUCAUUAUUAUAAACACUGACAAGAACUAAACCAAACUGAGAGAAGUGAGAUUACUGAGGUCUAGUUAUACGUACAUGUAUGUAAAGAGGCGUAGUAAUAAAGAUGGUGGCAGAGGUUUUUCUAUGACAUUGGUGUCUGAGAGCUUGCCCUUCCGUCUGUGGAGGAGGAAAAGACAAAACUGGUGGGGCAGCAGCAAAGAUCCUCAGGGUGACAUAACAGAGCAGCCUCAGUAUCAAGGUAUAUAACACUGAGAUAAUCUGAUACAACUUAAAAAGGAGGAGCCAGGGAGGAGGAGGUGGGGAGAGCACCAGAAAAGACAAGAAUGUGUUUCAAACAGUAAAACAAGCCUCCUAUACCCUCACCUUCUGACUGUGAGAGAUGAAGAGAAAAAGAACAAGAAAAUGAAUCAUCAAAAUAAGUACCACAUGAAAAAACAACCUUUUAGUCACACUUUCCCCCUAAAAACAGAAAGAUAUUCCCGACUGUUCUGUUCAUUUAAGUUUUUUUUUUGGUGCUCAGAUAUGUUGGAUGAAAUAUUCUGUAUACACAGAUAUUCAAUAAAGGGAGGGCACUCUCUUAGCAUCAUCUGCACAUUUUUAAGAGUUUUUUUACGGAAGAGUUUGAGCCACAUUGUUUUUAUAAGUCGAUUAGAAAAACAAAAGGAAGAUCCAGCCGUGGAUAAUUGUUCAAAGCUGCAGGUUUUAUCUUCAGAACAUCUGGAUACGAGUGUUUCAGCCUCAUCAGAGACGGUUGUUGUAAAUGAUUCAUGUGACUGACUCUUUUUAGGGGUAUUUCAUGAACACACACUGUCUCUGUCUUGAAUAACCUGUUCAUGUUUCUGACCAGGUGACGGACAUGAUGGUGGCGAACAGUCACAACCUCAUUGUGACGGUGAAACCGGCCAAUCAGAGGAACAACGUGGUGCAUCGGGGAAGUAAAAACUCAGCAGGGAACUCCGGUUCUGUGGGUUCAGCCGGGUCUAUAGGAUCUGCUCUGUCACAUGACUCACCAAGCCCCGCCUCCCAGAGCAACCCUAUCACUGCAAGGUGAGUGUUAUUUAAAGCCCCUGUGACAAACACCUGUUUCCUGAAGAAUGUGGCACCCCCUGAGGACAAAGUGGGACCUUUUAUCUCUUUGCAGAUUUGUUUGUUUGAUGUUUAAGCAGUUUUCUGACUUUAAAGGUCCUUUCACACCAGGACUGUUUUUGUUGUGCGAUUAUUUCGGAUGUCAAUAUGUUUUUUUCGAACCUGUAUCCUGUCAAUACAAGCGUUCACAUCAGCGAUGUUUUCCCGUUCUGCGAUAUUGCGGCAUUUAUUCUUUUGGAUCAUGGUGGAUUUUUCUAAAGUUUCGCAUACUGUGUGUCCACUUCUGACCAAUCAGAUUGCGUGUUGUUGUGACGUCAGAUUUACCGGUAUAUCCAACAUGGCCGACCGGCUGAUUGUUUACAUCCAACAUCCAAACUGGACUUAGUCUUACCUUAACUCCUCUCCUUUUGUUACCACAGCAACAGCAUAGCUGAGGGCGACAGUGAUGAUGGUGAUGAUGAAGGUGACAUCAUUCUGGAGAAUGACUGCCUGACGCCCUUUGACCCCAGGCCCCUAACCAACAGCAACAGCACCAACCUCAACAGAGACUCAUCUGCCAACAGGUCGCUCAGCUUGGCUGGGGUUAGGCCCCUCCCACAGAGCGUCUCUUUGCCCAAUAGCGUGGGAGCAUCUCUGAAUGAAAGCUCUGUGAUGAUGACCAAUCACAACGGAAACCCCGCCCACAUGUCUGGCAGCAGCCAGGAGAGCAUGAGAGAGGACGGCAACAUCAUAACGCUGUAACCAUGACAACACUGACAGGACCACUGAAUGUUACAACCACACAGUGCUGUAACUAUGGCAACUCUGUUUCUUAUUAAUGUGGGCGGAGCCUAAACUCUGACAUCUCUUCCAGCCUGAGUGGAUCUACAGAGAUAAAAACACAGACAGGUGUGUCUCACCUGUAUGAGAGGAUUGUACAGAGCUGGAGGGUCUACCUUUACCCUCAACAUGGCGUCACGUGAUCAUCGACCAAUGAGAGCUUCAAGAUGGAUUAACAGUGUUUGAUGUCGACAUGUUUUAGUAUCACCUGUGAUCUGAAACAGCUGUUAAACCCCACAGACACUCAAUGACUUAUCAGAGCAGGAGAGCUCACCUGUGACCACAGCUAACCAAUCAAAGAGCAGCAUUCAGAGCUCCAUCUGAUGGCUGACAAACAGCCAUGAAGCAGCUGUGGGUCAGCUCGGAGUAACUUUAAACUCUCUCUGCCUGUCUGUGAGGUUUUUUAUGUUCACCACAGAGAGCAGGUGCACAGGUGAGGGGCGGAGCUAACAGGUGGGAGGGUUUAUUUAUGGCUGUGCAGACAGAGGGGCUGUUAUUCACUGCAAACUAAACAAGUCGCAAACAUAGUGAUACUGCGCACCAAAACCCCAAAAAUCCAGAAAUGUUAUUUUCAGUUCCUCAAAAAUCUGCAUAUUGGAGUCAAAAAAAGAGGAAAGGUCAUCCGGCAUUCUGCCCCAAAUCAACAAAGAUUUCUCAAGGACUGAAUUCAUGUGAACUCAAAGCAGCUCAACUGACUCUGGAAAAUAAGGUCCAGUGCUGAGUAAGGAGUAGUAAAUCUCAAUGCACCAUGAUACACACUGUGCAGGCUGUGUAGACUCUGUGAGCAGAGACAUUCAUGCACUACACAUCACUAUAAUCAAGGACGAGUAAAAAAAAAGGUAAAAACUCCACAGUUGAUUCAUUUUGAACAUUCAUAGAAAGGCAGGGUAAAAGUGAGUAAAGCAUUUAGCUUUUAGUGUCAGCUUCUUACGAGACAAGCUGUCUUGAAUCAAGUAUUUAAGAGUGGAUAACAACUUAGUGUUAAACGCUCUUCAAAGACAGCCUGACAUUAAAGAUGAGUGUAAUUUUAUCUGCGUUCAAACAACACUGACAUUGAAAAGCUGUUCUUACACUACAUCUGAUGUGUGCCGUGCCUGCAGCCUCUGAGGGAUGAUGAUGAUCACCCCAUCCACCCUCUAAUUUAAACCUGAGCCACUCUGCACUCUGUGUUGCACAGACAUGAACCUCACAGCAAAAUAGAUCAGUCUCAUAUUUAAAGCCACCGAACAGUCAAAUAUUUAUCAGACACCAAAACAGAAAAAAGUGAAAACCUGUUGAAAUAAAAAAUUGCAAUACUUUCCCUUUUUAACCUUUGCUUUAAAUUUUCUUGUAAUUACUGAGAUUUUUAAUAAUCAUGAAUCAUCAGAUUUUAUAUAUGGGUUUUUGAAGCGUGUGUUAUAAAGGGUGUGGGGGUAUUAUUGAGAAAUGGUGGUCAGUUUCUAAAUGAUGUCAGACUAAAAACAUGGAGUCAAAAUGUGUGUUUGAAAUGAUCCUUACUUUGAGUUGAACCUAAUUUCAGCUACUGUUCAAAGAGGAGAGAGAAGUGUGUGUUCAUCAGGAUUAUUUUACAAUGAUUUUACAUGCAAUUCAACCACCCAUGAGCAGACACACCAGCUGAUGAGCAGGAGGUCUAUGAGCCAUGCAUUGUGGGAAACAGUGGCAAACAGACACUUUUACUUUAUCUGCAUCAUAUGCGUGUGUGUGUGUGUGUGUGUGUGCGUGCAUGCGUGCGUGUGUGUGUGAGAGCUCUGGGGUUACUGCCUUACAGUCAGUGUGUUUACGUUCCUCCUCUCUCUCUUUGUCUCUCUCUGUUUUUUCAUCUCUUAGUGUCAAACUGGAUGAUGUCACUGCAUUGUUUACAAACAUGAUCAGCUGAUUCCUGAUAAUGAAGUUAUGAAUAAGAGUCUCUGUAAACACAUUGAUUACAGCCUUAUGUUGAAGUUGAUCAGAAAUAAAAAGCUCUUCUCUCAGUCUGAGAGUUUUUUCAGCGUCCUCUCUCAGUAUGAUCCUAAAACUCUGUCCCCGAGUUCUCUGUGUUUUCUUGGUAAUUACUAACAUCCCAGCGCUGAUAUAUCCAGCUGUGGCCCCUAAGGCAGUAGCUCCUGCUGUGACCGCAGCCUGCGGCAUGCUGGAAGUGCCCCCAGCAAAACAGGAGUUAAAGGGAUAGUCUGCUUUUUGCAGUAUAAACGUAUGAGGUAAUAGUGAGUAAUAAUAGUAAUAGUUAUUCCCGCUUAGCUCAGCCCCUUUGUUAUGAAAUCUCUACAGACAGGAUCAGCUCUACCAUGUCGUCAUUCAACUCAUUUCAACAAACUCCAACUCAUACAUUAUUACAGAUAUACAGUAUGUGCAGGCAU